UGUUUGGCGUCGCGGCCCCCGCACCUGACACGGUGAGGCCUGACAGCCGGACGUUGCCUGGUCACCUCCGGACCACGGCUUGGAGACGGAGAGCAGAGGCUGAAAUUUUGAAAUCACCACGCCUAAGCACACGCGGUGCCGCCACCGGAAAUCCCCGAUUCCCCUUCCUCCUCCCGCUCUUCCUCCCGGUCGCCGCGAUGCGGGAGUCCUAGCUCCCGGGACCCCCCAGUGACUCGCGGCGUCGUCCUCGCUCGACAGCCCCGCCGCCGCGGCCACUCGCGAGCUCGGCGCUCGCACACGUCUCCCCCGCCGCGGGCGCGCACGCGCGAGGUUUGGACAAAUCUGUAUUGUUGUCUUUAACUUCCAAAAUGAAGUGCAAUGCUUGCUGGCGGGAAUUGGAAGGGCAAGCCAUAACAACCACUUGCGGUCAUCUCUUAUGUACUGAGGAUGCGAAGAAAAUAUUGAAUAAUGAUGGUGCAUGUCCAAUAUGUGAUCAAGUGCUUUCAAAAAGCCUUAUGAAACCAGUGGAUGUAGAUCCAAGUGAUGAUUGGACAAAUAUGGCGAUGGCUGGGAUUCCUCCACAAAUACUCAUGAAGAGUGCAUACAGAAGCGUCAUGUUUUACAUUGGACAAAAGGAACUGGAGAUGCAGUACAAGAUGAACCAGGUCGUUGGUCAAUGUAGACAGAAGAUUGAACUGAUGCAGGGAAAGUUUACAGAGAAGCUAGAAGAACUGCAUGCGGCAUAUCAAAAGAUGGGUAAAAAAUGCCAGUUGAUGGAACAGGAAAUUGAAAACCUCACCAAGGAUAAGCAAGAGCUUCAAGAGAAAUUCGCAGAGAAAUCCAGGCAGAAGAGGAAGCUUGACGAGAUGUAUGAUAAACUAAGGACAGAGUACAACUCUUUGAAACGUUCGGCCAUCCAACCUGCAAAUAACCUCUUCCCAAGAGCUCAGCCAGACCUGUUCACAGGCAUGCCUAAUAUGAUUGAUAGCAGUAACCAUCCCAGGCAAGGUUCGAUUUUUACCCCUGAUACUCCAGGGCGGAGAGAGGAGAUGUGGGCUGCAGCGCCACGGCAGCGGCUCGCCAACUCUGAUACAUUUGAAAUGUCUGGGGGAUCUGGUCACUUGGGAGCACCUACUGUUGAUGCUAGACCCCGGAAACCAGCUGGGCCUGUCUUUGGAGCUAGCACGAACAAUCCUUCUGCAGCCUUGCGGAAUAUGUUAAUCUCACCGGUGAAGCGCCCUCAUCUCUCCCGAAACCGUCCACACAUAUUCACGCUGUAGAACUGGACUGCGAGAUCUCAAAGGGCAUCUGUACAUGAUGUAAAUCUCUCUCUGAUCUUUGUUUUGAUAGAAAAUGUUCCUGCGUAUCCCUGGGACAUGGUUACCUCAUUUCUUAGAUGUCCACGAUAAACCAGAGUAGCACAUUAUUACUUGCCUGAUUACAAUGAAAUGUACAGUAUACCUGAUUAAAAUUUCAGGUGAUCAUUUGUUGUUCAAAGCUAGAGCUUUGGAAAGAGUUUGUCUGUGUUGAUGUAUGCCACAUAGCUAGUCCAGCAAUGAGUCCAAGGAUUCUUA